AGCGUUGUUGUUGGAGGGCGAAUUGUGUGUUUGUAGGUGUUGCCUCCGUAUAGAUACCUUCCGCAGCCAAAUGGAGUCGUACCGGUCGACGAUAGAUCCCUGUGCAGGCAAUGGUGGGGGAUUCCAGACCCAGGAAAUGCGACAGCAAGGAUCUGUCUCGUGCUCCUCGCCUUCACCGGCGACUAUGCAGUCCUUCAGCGGGCAAAUGCAGGAGGUUGUGCGUGCGGGGCCGAUUCAAGUGCCACCUGCUCGUGUGCACUCUCCAUCUGUCCAUCAUGCGGAAGGUGCACGUCGAUGGUUCGUUGUUCGACCCACUGCAGAAAGUCUGCACGCAGGCCCCGUGCACACGGGCCAGACGUCGUUUUGCACACAGGUUGGAGGCGGGUAUGGCAUGCCUUCUCCGCACAUGUUCCUGGGCGGCGGUGGAUAUGGCAUUGCUCCGCACAUGUACCCCACCCAGCACACUAUGGAAAGGGGCGGAGUGAUGAGGGACGAGUGGCAGUGGUCCCCACAUUGUCGACCACCGUCGCAGCCCAUGCAUGGCAGGUUGUCCGCUCCCUCGCCCAUGUCGGUGAGGCGGUCUGCUGCCGAGCCCUCACCUUUGAUGGCAAUGUGCAAGGAGAGGAUAUGGAUGAGGGGUGGCCUGUCCACAGUGCAACUUCAUCGCCUGCCGGCUUGCAAGGUCGUUCCUUUGGUGGCCAGGAAGAUGAGUUGGUUGGCGACAAUGAAGUUGAAGGUGAUGGCGGUGACAUUGAUGGGCAAAACUCUGACAACGUCGGCGGAGGAUUGUCGUAAGAAGUGGCAGGGCAUGCUGGCGGCAGCGAAGUUGAUUCUCGACAAGUGUGAGAAUGCUUCGGGGAAACCUUCGUACUGGGACAUGACCGUUGACGAGUGGAAGGCGGAGCAGGUGCCACUAGGCUUUGAGAAAGCUCUGUGGGAAGCGAUGGAGUGGAAACUCAAUCGGCCAUCCAUCAAGUGUGACAAGACGCUGGCAUCCGAGAACCUGCCAGGUAAUGCGGGGGGGAAUUCAACGUGCGGCAGUUCAGCACAGCCGUCAUCGGGAAGGAGUGCUUCCGACGGCAAAGCAACGGAGGAUUCGGACCAAGCAGCGAAGACCCGGAGGACGAACACCGGCGAAACCAGGAUGGACGACACAAUCAGCGGUGGGACAGCAUUGGGUAGGGCGAUGGAGGACGCCACACGGUCGUACGGCGAGGGUUUAGAUAAGGCCGCUGCCACUCUGGCGAAGGCAACAUCGGAGGCAGGCUCCGCGAUUGCGGCGAAGAUCUGUGAUGUGGCAGAUGCCAUGCGUGGCGGGAACACUGCCCUUGAGAUGCUCGUGGGGGUUCUUGCGAGGCGCGGGGGUGGGGGGAACAGUGCUGCAUACGAGAGGGCGGAUACAGACCCCUCGACACGUUAAAACUCGUAUAUAUAUAUAUAUAUCGUCAAAUAUAUAUAUAUAUAUAUAUGUAUAUAUAUAUAUAUAUGUAUAUAUAUAUAUAUAUAUAUAUAUAUAUGGCCUGUCGUUUUCCCGUCCUGACAUCC